AUUCUCAUUUUCAGAAAGAGAAAAAAGAAAAGAAAAAAGGGAUGGCUUCUUCUGGAAAUGAUCGUGGUUCGUUGUCGAGCCACAAGGUGGAAUUCGAAACCCAGAAAACGAUUUGCCAGAACGACGGCUCUCUCACUCUCAACAACAACAACAAUAACCAGCAAGGUGAAAAAGAUGAUUUGUCUAUUCAACUAUGGCACGCCUGCGCCGGGCCUCUGGUGAAUGUCCCAAGCGCCGGUGAUAAGGUGUUCUACUUCCCUCAAGGUCACAUAGAGCAGGUUGAGGUAUACACAAACCAAGAUGGCAAUGUGGAGAUGCCAAUCUACAAUUUACCUUCUAAGAUUCUCUGCAAGGUUGUCUAUGCUCAGUUAAAGGCGGAACCUUACACAGAUGAGGUGUUUGCGCAGAUCACUUUGCUUCCAGAGGUAGAGAUGCAAGAGGGGACUAGUCCAGAGAAUGGAAUAGCUGAAUCUGUGCCUCAGAAAGUUAGGGCAUACUCUUUCAAAAAGAGUCUCACUCCAUCUGAUACGAGCAAACAUGGUGGACUCUCAAUUCCUAAGCGAUAUGCUGAUCAAUGCUUUCCUCCUUUGGACUCGUCUCAGGAACCACCUGCACAGGAACUGGUGGCAAAGGACUUGCAUGGGUCUGAAUGGAGAUUCCGCCAUAUAUAUCGUGGGCAGCCGAAGCGACACUUGAUUACUAGUGGUUGGAGUGCAUUUGUGAGUGCAAAGAAGCUUGUUGCCGGGGAUGCUUGUAUAUUCCUGAGAGGAGAAAAUGGAGAACUUUAUGUCGGGUUCCGUCGUGCAACAACACGACAAACCAAUAUAUCAGCAUCUGUCCUAUCCGGUCACAGCAUGCAACAUGGCAUACUUGCCAGUGCCUUCCAUGCCAUUUCCACCGGAACAAUGUUUACUGUGUAUUACCGUCCAUGGACAAGUCCUGUUGAAUUUAUAAUCCCUCAUGAUCGAUACAUCAAAUCCACCACUGAAUAUCAGUGUUCAGUAGGAACAAGAUUCAGAAUGCUGUUUGAAGGCGAAGAUUGUGCCGAACAAAAGUGCUCCAGAUUUUCAGGGACUAUAGUUGGCAUUGAUAAUAUUGACCGCCUUAGGUGGCCUGGUUCAGAGUGGAGAUGUCUCCAGGUGCAAUGGGAUUCCCCGUCUCAUGACCCUUUUUGCCCUCAAAGGAUUUCUCCUUGGAGCAUCGAACCCAUGGUGGAGAAGUACACUUCCCUUCUUCCACAUCAAAAGAGGGCAUGCCCUUUGGACCCAUCAACUCUUCAGUUUCCUGUUGGCUCAUUGCAGGGUUCAGUUGAGCAUAAAUUGAAAAGACAUUCAGGGGUCUUGCAAGGUCAAGAAAUCAGAGCCAUAGGUGCUCGUGAACAGGGCUCAUUAGGGAAGCCCAUUUUAUCCCCUUUAUUUCCCCAACCAAAUCCUAUUUGGCACCACCGGCAAGUUGGAUAUGAACCGUUUUGUCACUCUCAUGCCAACACAAUUUCAAUUCCUAGUGGAAAUCCUCCUAGUCCGACGCUUGCUUACCGGCCUCCAACAUUUACUUUCCCACAAACCAAGACCACUGAGGUGAGUACAAGCUUCUCUAUCCCAAAAGUCAAGUCUACUAGUUCUGCGCAUCAAGACUGGAAUGAAGAGAAGAAGGAUGAGAUUAAAGCUCCAAUGGGCAAACCAAACGGCAGUGACAAAUACAUGCUUUUUGGAGUUAAUAUAUUUAGUCGUCCUCUGGAGCUCCAUUCACAGCAAGUUGUCUCUUCAGUGGUCUCCCAGUCUGGCAUUUCUGAAACUAUUCAAGUCUCCGAGCCAUCUAAGAGUGUUUCAGGCUGCCUUCCAGAGAAACAAUGCGAGAACUGUUGUCCCAUUGCUAACCGGAGUUGCACAAAGGUACUGAAGCAUGGAACUGCUCUUGGAAGAUCAGUGGACCUCACACGUUAUGAUGGGUACAAUGAACUCAUUCGUGAGCUUGACCAAAUGUUUGAUUUCAAUGGGACAUUGAUCGACAUGAGUAGUGGCUGGCAUGUAACCUAUAUAGACGGUGAAGGGGACAUGAUGCUGGUUAGAGAUUGCCCGUGGAUAGAAUUUCGGGCUGUGGUGCGCAAGAUGUUGAUCUGUCCAAAGGAAUCUGUUGAAGAAUUGGAUCGGAGCUCACCAAAUGCACCAUCAUCAUAAAUUCUACUUGUCAAGGUUACUCUCAUCGUCUGCAGAGUGAAAAGUGUCGCAGAGGUGGUCUAAAUACAUAGUCAUAUAAAUAAAGAACGGUAUACAAUAAAUCUAUGUGGCUAUAAGGUGUCUAUGAAAUAGUUGGAGUUUUAUUAUGACUUGGAGGUUUUAUUUAGCUAAAAAGACUUAACAGUGCCGUACAAUAUACAUGUUUUUGUUUAUAUAAUAUAACUGAGUAAAGA